AUGUCUCACACAUCACCGUCGUGGUCAUACCCGGCAACCCCACUCGGGAUGUGCGGAAAUGACGGGCGCGGUCAAGUCGCAAUGCGAAGCGACGGGGCUUUCAGCGCAGGAGGCCGCCUGUUCAUUGUCGGGGUGUACAACCCACACACCGGAGCAAACAGCAUGUGUACGCGCUGGGCGUGCGCGGCUGUCGAUGCUCUUGGCACCGACUUUUCGAGAACCGGCACGGUAUCUCGACACCGGCGUGUGGUAGGGCGGCACCCGUCUCAGCAGCUUGGUUCCAUCACAGAGAUUGAGACCGAACCUGCCGAACGUCAAGCCACAGGGACGAAAGUGAAGCAAUCGCUGCACUCUGCAUGGGAGCUCGCUGGAUGCGGCGAAAGGCCAACGGAUGGGGCGGGCGUCACAUGUGACAAGGUCGCUCAUCAGAGGUGCAAGAGGAGUUUGCAUGCCGUGGGCCGUGGUCUCGACUGGCCAGAUCCGCCCCCCUUCCCGAAGCGACCAGCAUGUGACCUUGAGGAAGCGAUUGAAGCUGCGCCGCCGACCGCUUUCGAGGAUAAGCCAGACCGACCGCGACGAGCGCGCGGCUACGCGCGUGGAGCCCAACGACAAAACAGGGUGGCGGGGUGCAACCUCAUUCAACGAGGUUGGGCGGGGGACAGCCACAAUUCAUGCCCUCGUAGGACUGCCGGUGCAGGCGCCGCUGGUAUCGGACCAGCGUUCGCUUGGCGCCUCCAUACAUGGCUUGACAACCGUGUUUCUUUUUUUAAUUUUACUAUGGGGUGGGAAUCUUCGGGCGCAUUUCGCUGCCUUGGCUCGGGUGUGGUUAAGAUGAUGACGCGACUUGCACUGCUCAAGCGCCAUACCGGCCAAGUCCGACAUUCGAAAGGCGUCGACAAGCAUAGGACUAGCAUAGGCAGCCAUGCCACAGAGCGAAAGACGCCGUAUGUUCGCCCCCAAGUAUCAAAAGCAGUCAGGCCUAACAAGGCCUACGGCACUGUCGUGCUUCGCAUACACAGACACCAGAGGCGAGAGCGUGAUGGCGAUGUCAAAACUGUCGAAGCUGCGCGCUCUGCAGCGAGCCAGCGAUGCUUCCCAUCGGCAGAGACAGAUGCACGACUGGAACCAAUGGGCGGCUUCCCUGCGUACCCCUACAUCUGGUAUGCAUGCAAGCGCAGUGUUCCCGCGCGGGGCGCACCACGCGGCGGGGCGGUAGUUACCUUCUAUCUGUCUGUCUCUGCAUGCAAGCGCGCCGAAGGCAAGGAGCAGCACUGA